GUCUUUGCGCACAUCGGUGACGUGGCCAGCAUUACCCAGCAGACCGGGGCGAUUUGAACUUCAUUUUGGAUGCAAGUAAUUUUCUAUUUCAUUUCAUUGUUUUCAAACCAUUUUACCCGCGGAUUUUACCUUUAUAUGUGAUAAAAUCCAAGCUAUUUUAGUACAGCCAGUAAGUCCGCAUCACGAUGUCCGGGAAAAUCAAAAGCAGGAGCGCUGCAAAUGCCGACUCGAUAUCUGCCAGUGUGUCCUGCGACGAGCGCAUCUUACGGGACUGCCAUCAGAUGUACACCAAUCCGGAGAGCGGACUAAUAUCAAUCGCUCAGACUGUUGGGGUGACCUUGCUGCCUCCCCGGAAAAAGAUAACUGCGAUGUUGAUCGGGAACCACUCCGCUGGAAAGAGCAGCUUUAUCAAUUGGUAUGUGGAGGAGCAUAUCCAAAGAACAGGGGUCGCUAUAGAGACACAGGGUUUCAGCUUUGUUACAAGUGGACGAAAGCGGGAAUCGCUCACAGGAAAUGCAACGCUCCAUCUCUAUCCCCAUUUCAAAACAUUGAAGGAGUUUAAAGGGGUGUCAGAAUACCUCAGCACCGAGAUCUGUACUUCACGACAGAAGCGUUUCAGCUUGGUGACCUUUGUUGACACUCCUGGUCUGGUGGAUGGGGAUAUGAAGUACCCCUUUGACGUGGAUCAAGCUAUUCUGUGGCUUGGAGAGCUCUGUGAUCUGAUCCUGGUCUUCUUUGACCCAAUGGGACAGGCUUUAUGCAAGCGCACACUCAACAUUGUAGAGAAACUGAACGAGAAGCAAGGGGACCGUCUCCGUUUUUAUCUCAGUAAAGCAGAUGAAGCUGGAGGAGAGUCUGAUCGACAAAGAGUUAUGAUGCAGAUUGUGCAGGAGCUUUGCAAGCGUCCAGGACUCAACAAGUGUGGUUUCGACAUGCCCACCAUCUAUGUUCCCAACCCUAAUAAGCCCAGUCGAUGUGUCAAUCAGAUUGAGGAGGUGUGUCGGACUAUAGAGAAGACCAUUAACCAGACUGUGCAGAACACACUUAACUCACUGGAGAAGGACUGCAACCUCAUCACCGAGGCCAUCGCUGAGACUCUUGAUAAUGACCGGCAGUGCAGUAUAGAGAACCGUCGAUCACGUUUUAAGGGCUGUUUGUUGGGCAUGCUGGGUUUCACUGUGCCCCUGCUGCUCCUCGUCACCCUGGUGCUUGGCAGCCUCUCCAAAGAUGUGCUGGUGCUCAUGCUGGGUAAUAGUGGCACAGAGGCACUCACACUAUAUGUGGUUCCUGCAGUGAAGGUGUUUGAAUCCUUGUCAGCGGAGGUGCAGCUGUACAGCUGUGCUGGACUGGUGCUGUUGUCCUUCUGCUUUAUCCUCAUUGCUCGCUUUUCUUUCAGGACCAAACCAACACUGUCUGGGAAACAAAAGAGACAGCUUCAGCAAAAACUGGAGUAUGUCCAGGAGGUAGUGAAGAGCAAAAAGAAAAAUCUCUAUGAGGAGUACCUGCGUCAGAGUGUGGGUGAUCAGGACAUGAACUGAGAGGGAAUAUAGACUUCAAAGAUCUGGAUGGGAUGAAUACAGCACAGAAGUACCACUAAACCGUAUCUAAUCAUUCCUGUAAUGUAUCAAGACACAGAGAAGCUAUUUCAUGGGCACUUAGUUGCACACUACUGCUCCUGUAAGCUCUGUCUUUCAGCAUUAAAUAAUGA